UCGUAUGAUUGUUGCUGUUGUUAGUUAAGUUAUACAAGUCAUACAAUUGCUUAAUUUUGGAGUUGAGUUAAGGAUGGACGUACCAUGAAAUGAAAUGAUGUGCUUCGAAUCCGUUCUAACGGCAGUCGCUUGCACAUAACCGGAACGGACCCGGUUUUUUAAACGACAAAGAACUGAAAAUUCGGUAUCAUUCUUGCAAAUAUUUUCUGCUGCUACAACCGUUAGGUCUACGCAACCGAGACCGAUUCAGAUUUUUAUUUAAUGCCAAUUAUUGCCAUAAAGUAUCUAAUCACAAAUUUCAUACAUACGAAGGUGGUCCAAUAAGUACUUAGCUUACGAAAGAAAAACAUUUUAUUUUUUGGCAGUUGGCGAUUUAUCUCUCAACAUAGCUUUUUAAUGCGAUACACUUGACCCAUCGAUGAUCCAACUUCAUUAACCCGUCUGAUAAAUACAUUUUAUGGUAUGCUGAAGGUGUUCCGCCAAGGCGGAGAUAACCUCCUCACAGAAUCCAACAGAAAUUUCUGCCGGUGAGUGACUUUUUCAAGAUUGGAAUCAAAAUAAAGUCAAACGGCACAAAAUCUGGGAAAUACGGUGGAAGGGGUAACAGUUCGUUGCCUAAUUAUAUAAAUUUGGAGAUGUGUGCCGGUACAUUGUCAUGGUAGAAGAGUAUUUUUCUUCAGGUACUCAACGUAGAUUUUGUGAAUUCCGUCACCUUUCCGGCCGAUGGGACAGUCUUUGCCUACUUCGACACAGAUUCGCCUAAUGAUAUUAUAGGCUAAUUAUACAUUGGCAUAAGCACAACUUUUGUCUGGUUCAAAUGCGAUUUUUAAGCAAAAAAAUUAAAUCUAGAGCUAAUAAAAAAACAAAAAGUAAAUAGGUUGUAAAGAAAUUAAUCAUUAGGUUAGAAAAACUAAUAAAAUCGAAACAGUUGCUUCAUCUACUUCAAACUGUGUUAAUAAAAGAACAUUUCAAUAUGAAUACGUACGAAUGCACCAUUCCGAUUGCAACUCUGAUUGAAUUGUUUUGUGCAAAUAAGUUUUUCUUGCGACUGGCAACACUAAAAAUUUUCAUUAAAGCGGUGUGUAUGACAGAUCUUUCACAAAACGCCAAAAAUUCGGCAGAUAAUCGUUUAUUAUUCGUUGCUAUUUCUAAAAAAUUAAGCAGCCAUGACGAUUGGAAAAAAUAAUAAAAUGAUCCAGCACCUUAACUAUAGGGUGCGGAUCAUGCUGCAAGACUCGCGCACUUUUAUUGGCACAUUCAAAGCAUUCGACAAACACAUGAAUUUAAUACUUGGAGAUUGUGAAGAAUUUCGUAAAAUCCGUUCGAAGAACUCAAAAGUGCCAGAACGUGAAGAGAAACGAGUUUUAGGUUUUGUGCUAUUACGUGGAGAUAAUAUAGUCUCACUGACCGUCGAGGGACCACCCCCACCAGAGGAGGGACUACCGCGUGUACCCAUGCCCGGUGCUGUUGCCGGUCCUGGUUUAGGACGUGCUGCUGGACGUGGUGUGCCGGUUAAUAUUGCUUCGGCACCGGCCGGUUUACAAGGACCUGUGAGAGGUGUAGGCGGUCCAGCGCAACAACAUAUGACGCCAAUGGGUAGAGGCGUACCAAGAAAUCCCAUGAUUGGUGCACCCUUACCCGGUAUGGUGCCCGGCGUAAUGCCACCAAUGCCUGGUGGUAUGGGUCGUGGUGGCCCACCACUACGUGGACCGCCACCCGGCAUGAUGCGCGCUCCACCACCGGGACGUGGAGGUUAUUAAUUUUAUUCAUAUGUAUUUCCGAUUAAAAAAGUAUAUUUUACCUAAAUAAAUAAAUAUAAAAAAUGAAUUAUGUA